CCCCGGAAGCAGCCGCCCCCCCCCUCCCGUCCUCCUCCCGGCCGGGCCGGGCCGCUCCGCCAUGGCCGCUGAACCGCGGGCUGGUGCCGGACGUGUGGCCGCGCUGCCCGGGCGCCCACCCCCUCCUUGAGCCCCGUUGAACCCCUCCGCUCCCCUCCGCGCCCCUCCGUUCCCCGCCGCCCGCCAUGGGCUCGCUGUUCCGCAGCGAACCGAUGUGCCUGGCGCAGCUCUUCCUGCAGAGCGGUUCGGCCUACGAGUGCCUCAGCGAGGUGGGCGAGCGUGGCCUGGCCGAGUUCCGAGACCUUAACCCAAAUGUAAGUGUAUUUCAGAGAAAAUUUGUGAAUGAAGUAAAAAAGUGUGAAGAAAUGGAAAGAAUACUUGGAUAUUUAGUACAAGAAAUUAAAAAGGCAGAUAUUCCACUUCCUGAAGAGGAUGUUGCUCCUCCUGCCCCCUUAAUGAAACACACUUUGGAAAUUCAGGAACAGUUGCAGAAGCUGGAGACAGAAUUGAGGGAAAUCACUAAAAACAAAGAAAAGCUGAGGAAAAACCUGCUUGAACUGACAGAAUACAUGUGCAUGCUGGAGGUCACACAGAGUUUUGUCAGGAGAACAGCUGAGUAUGAAUCCAGUUUGUAUGCAAAUUAUGAAGAAUUUCCUACUGUGGAAAAUGAGCCAUUAGCGGAUUACAACUGUAUGCACAGACUGGGUGCCAAGCUGGGGUUCAUAUCUGGGUUAGUUCACAUAGCAAAAGUUGAAGCAUUUGAGAAAAUGCUGUGGAGAGCCUGCAAAGGCUUCACUUUUCUUACAUAUGCAGAGCUGGAUGAAUGUCUGGAAGAUCCAGAUACAGGUGAAACCACAAAAUGGUUUGUUUUUUUAGUGUCCUAUUGGGGUGAACAAAUUGGCCAGAAAGUUAAGAAGAUUUGUGAUUGCUAUCACUGUCAUGUUUAUCCCUAUCCAAGCACCCUGGAGGAGCGCCAGGCAGUUGUUGAAGGACUAAAUGUUCGUAUUCAGGAUCUUCAUAUUGUGCUGCAUAAAACUGAGGAUUACUUACACCAAAUCUUGUGUAAAGCAUCUGAAUCCAUCUAUACAUGGGUUAUCCAAGUGAAGAAGAUGAAAGCCAUUUAUCAUGUACUCAACCUGUGCAGUUUUGAUGUCACAAAUAAAUGUUUAAUCGCUGAGGUUUGGUGUCCAGUGGCUGAUAUGCAGAAUUUACGCCAUGCCUUGGAGGAAGGUUCAAGGAAGAGUGGAGCUACAAUUUCUUCAUUCAUGAAUACCAUCCCAACAACACAACCUCCUCCAACUCUGAUACGUACCAAUAAAUUCACCUCAGGGUUCCAAAACAUCGUUGAUGCUUAUGGAGUUGGAAGCUAUGGGGAAGUUAAUCCAGCUCUCUUCACCAUCAUCACUUUUCCCUUCUUGUUUGCUGUGAUGUUUGGUGACCUGGGGCAUGGUCUGCUGAUGUUCUUAUUUGCACUCCUGACAAUACUUUAUGAAAACCACCCUAGAUUACGAAGAUCAGAAGAUGAGAUAAUGAAAAUGUUGUUUGAAGGCAGAUAUGUUAUUUUAUUAAUGGGUCUGUUUUCUGUGUACACUGGAUUGAUCUAUAAUGACUGUUUUUCAAAGUCAUUAAAUAUAUUUGGUUCUGGAUGGAAUGUUUCAGCAAUGUUUGAACAGAAUAUUUGGAGUUUUGAGGAUCUGAAGUCUCAUCAGUUUUUAACACUGGAUCCAAAUAUUACUGGUGUAUACAAGGGAGCUUAUCCCUUUGGAAUCGACCCGAUCUGGAAUUUGGCAAGCAACCGUCUCAGUUUUUUAAAUUCUUUCAAAAUGAAAAUGUCUGUGAUUUUUGGAGUAACUCACAUGACAUUUGGAGUUCUACUGGGGGUAUUUAACCACUUGCAUUUCAAGAAGAAUUAUAAUAUUUUUUUGGUUUUUCUUCCUGAACUUUUAUUCAUGAUGUGCAUCUUUGGCUACCUGGUGUUUUUGAUCUUCUUCAAAUGGUUAUCAUACUCUGCAGAGGACUCUACAUCUGCUCCUAGUAUUCUGAUUCACUUUAUUAACAUGUUCCUGGUUCCUGGUGGUGAAACAGAUGACUUCUACACUGGACAGGUUGCACUACAGAGGAUUUUACUUGGCAUUGCUUUUCUUUCUGUUCCUGUAAUGCUUUUUGGUAAACCACUUUAUUUAUAUUGGUUGCACAGUGGAGGCCGAGGAAGAAUGUACAGGAGGGGCUACAAGCUGGUUCGAAAAGAAAGUGAAGAAGAACUUUCUCUGCUGAGAGCUCAUGAUGUGGAAGAAGGAAGCAGUCAUUCAGACAGUGGGCAGAGAGAGGGGGAUGGAGAGGAGCUUAAUUUUGCAGAUGUUUUUAUGAAUCAAGCAAUUCACACCAUUGAAUACUGCCUGGGAUGUAUUUCUAAUACAGCUUCAUAUCUGCGACUCUGGGCUUUAAGUCUUGCUCAUGCACAGUUAUCAGAAGUUCUGUGGCAGAUGGUGAUGAGAGUAGGUCUUCGUGUGGAUACAACAUAUGGUGUCUUACUGCUAGUCCCUGUCCUGGCCUUUUUUGCUGUGCUAACCAUUUUUAUUCUUUUGGUCAUGGAGGGGCUUUCUGCUUUUCUCCAUGCUAUACGACUUCAUUGGGUGGAAUUUCAGAACAAAUUCUACUCUGGUGGAGGAUACAAGUUUACACCUUUCUCUUUUAAGCACAUUUCUUUACAUUUUAAUAAAGACGAUACAGCAUAGUUUGGUUGCUGUCAGCAGAAAAGUUUGGAAUUGUCUGCAAAUAAUCAUGUGAUUGGAUCUCACCUAUGAAUGGUUUCUUGCAGGACGGAGUGUUCUUCACUGAUUGCCUUAUAAUGCAGCCAAAUAAUUCUGUAAUAUAUACCUCCUAUAGAAAUACAUAGCAGAUUUGGAGCAUCUUGUAAAAUAUAUAGAUAUAAAAUGUACAUUGUUCUUGAUAAACUAAUGUUGUAAAUUAAAUUUAUUCUUAAAAAAAAACCAAAAAAAAAACACGUUACUGCUUGUCCUAAAACCAGUGUAGGCAUUUUUUUUUCCUUGAGGCUGUUUUAUUUCCUUGGAUGAUUACUUUUAAGUUACCUGAAAGACUUUUUGUCAUAUUAAGCAUUCCUUACUAAUCACAUACAACCAUCUCAUGUCCUUUAGGAACAAUUCAGCAAUGCCACACAAGCUGUGUAGGUUCAAUAUUUGUUCCAGAAAGAUUAUGAAUUUUAAAUUUAUACAUAGCAAUGCAACGUGCUCUUUUUCGGCCGGAUUAGAAAUGCACCAGAAAUAUUAACUGUUUAUUCCGAGUUCUGCCCAGAGUAAUUACUUCAAUCUUUCAGAAGCUCCACUAUUUUAUAGUGUUGCAGAAUAAGACAGGACUAAAAGUGGAGACUGAAGUUUUAGCCCUCUUCUCUGCCAGCAGUGAGGAGCUUUCUCAGAUGUGUUCUCUGAAACCAACCCCUCACUUGCAGUGACCUCGAUGGGUAAAAAGCCUCAGAAAAAGCCUUGCACUGACUGGGUGAGGACUCAAAUAAAAGAACCAACAUUUUUAUCCUUGAGCUCUGUUUUUAUAGUGUGAUCCCCUACAGCGUUUGGGCUCCUAGGAGUAGCUUUUGCACGGGGAAUUGCAAUCGUACGUUUUUAUUUGGCUGUGAGGACGUACAAACAGUGUUAACUUUUCUCUGAGCCUGAGUUAACUUCUCUCUGAGCCUGUGACUCAGUUCGUACCGCAUAGGUGAAAAAAAAGGGGUCAUUUUACAUUAAUUUUUUUGUAUCGGUGUGAUAACGGGGAUCUCACCCGUAAUGUUUGAACAUCUGUGCCGUAAGAACACCAUUAAGUUACACUUUGCACUUGUUUCAUACUUUAUUCCCAAUAAAACUUCCUUUGCGCUGUUUGGA